CCUUGUCCCUCUAAGGGGGAUAAGUGCAGCAGUGAUGAAGAAGAUGAACCUGCUCCAAGAAAGGGCAAAGCUUACCAACAUUCGAAGAGCAAGCAGGGUAAAAUGAGUAAGAAGAGUCCCAGUGUCAUCAACAAGCAAAGCGCUGCACACUCCAGCCAUAACAAGACAGCAGAGCUGUUUCGUAAAGACCUCAUUAGUGCCAUGAAGAUGGCAGACACAGAGAUCUUGCACGACAGUGAUUACCUGGUGAUUUCUGACCCCUGGAGGCAGGAGUGGGAGAAGGGAGUCCAAGUUCCCGUCGACGAGGGGGAAAUUCUGCCGCUCGAAAUUAG